CGUGGAAUUUUUAUUUCCUGAUCCAUGCCGGACGAGCUCGGAUCGGAUGAGAACCAAGUGAACAACUCCACAACACCGACCAUUUAAAUUCAAACCUGCUCGGCCGGAUAGAGACAGACGCAACGGAAAAGAGAGAAGACAGCACAAGGGAUUGAAAACCGAAAUAGGGACUGAAGGGGCAAUAGGGCUUCAGUCAGCUUUCAGCUCUUCCAGCUCGAGUGCUCGCGAAUAGGGGUGGCACGAAGCUCCUAUUUGUCAAAACUGAACGAACGCGCUGCUGUGUUUUCCGCUUUUGUUAGUUUGUUAUAACGUUGCGGCAACUUUGCCUACCGAAUAGUUUUUCAUUUGCGUCCGGUACGAUGGAUAACAGCGGCAUUCACGAAAUGUGAUUUUUGACUUUUUUGUUUAUUAUUAGUGCCGAUAUGAGAUUUUCGGUUUCGAGAAUGAGUGGAUUAGGUGCCGUUUGGAUUGGUGUUUUAUUUUUGGCGCACAUCUGUCUUUGUGCCGACGAUAUGUACUUCACCAAGAGCCCCAAGAACGUGGAGGUGGUACAGGGGACGGCGGUGACCUUACCCUGCGAAGUGGCCCCCGCGGAUGGGGUUAGGUACUACUGGGAACUGAAUGGCUCGUCAUUAGAAAACACAACUAGACGAUACCAGAGAGGAUCAGACUUACACAUCACCAGGGUCGACAGAGAAAGAGAUUCUGGACAGUUCACCUGCGUGGCCGUAGAUUCUAAGGGUAUUUCCAUUACCAGCUCUUCAGCAUCUCUAAACAUACAAUGGAUCGGAGAACCGUCCGUGCAAUUGCAGGAGCCCGAUUCGACCUCCCUUAUCCAGGCCGGAAAUGACGUCAUACUCAGAUGUCACUUGGACGCUUCCGGAGAUGUGCACUACGAGUGGUUCAGAAACGGAGACAGAUUGACCAAAUCCCCAAGGAUCGAAAUAAAGAAGAAACGUCUCCAUCUGAAAUCCGUCAAACCUAUAGACAACGGAAUAUACAGGUGCGGGGCAAAAAACGAGGCCGGCAUCGAAUAUAGCAGGACCAAUUUCGUGCUUGCCGUACCAGGUGAUAACGUUCCAACUAUCCAAACUCCUCCAGCCAACCAAGCAGCUAAAGAAGGUACCUCGGCCUUCAUCGACUGCGUCUACCAAGGCGCCGAUGUGACCGAAUGGUACUUCAAGGAUGUGGGACCUUUACACACCACAGAAAAAUAUAUGAUUCAUCCGAACCAAACGUUGGAGGUAAAAAAUGUUCAAAAAAGUGACGAGGGACUGUAUAACUGCGUCGGUAUAAAAAGUGAAUCCACGGAAGUGCCUCAAAGUUACGCUGCCGAACUCAAAAUUGCACGAUUGACACCGAUGAAUGAGACGUCGUUCGAACCAACACUGCCAGAAGGAGGCAAGUUUGUCCUGGCCGAAGGUUCCUCUUUCCAGCUCACGUGUUUAGAACCUUCCAGUUUUCCGGAGACUAAAAAGUGGUGGUUGAAUUCUGCAGGCCACACGGUUUCAGACGCCGGUGAGGUCAAAGUGGAUGAUGAUGGUCGUUUGAUCAUAGCCAAAAUAAAUCUGGAGCAUUCAGGAAAUUACACCUGCGUGGCGGAGAAUGUUGCUGGCCGAACAGAAAAAUCUAUAGAAUUGAUUGUUAUAACACCUCCGGAGAUAGAAGCCCAACCGAGCAAUCUGACCGUCGUGGAGAACGACGAGUUGAAACUCGUUUGCAGGUACAAGACGCAGUCGAAAUCCGCAACCGUCGUGAAAUGGAGGAAGGAGGGAAAGCUCCUCAAACACGAGUUCGACCCGGCUAACCACCACCAGAGGAUCACGAUAUUUCGAGACAACGCCACCUUGCUGAUUCACAACGCCCUGCCUCAGGACCGCGGCGAUUACGUUUGCGAAAUCUCGACGGACAGGUUCGAACCCGUCGUUUCCAAGGCGGUCGGCGUCUCUAUUAUAGAAACAUUGAAAUUCGUGCCGCCACCUAUGGACAGAAAGCUCGAACUAGGGACCGUUGCGAAAGUUCACUGCAAAGCCCAGGGAACGCCUCCGCCAAAUGUGCACUGGGAGAAGAACGGUACGGAUCCGGACAGCUUCCCGAGUCACAUCACGGACAUGAACGGGACGCUCCACUUCAACGGGGUCCUGAUCGAAGAUAAGGGACAAUACAGCUGUUUCGCUUCCAAUAGUCAAGGGAUGAUCAACAGCUCGAUCGUCAUAGAAGUCGUCGUUUCGCCAAAGUUCAACGUGACGCCGAAAAAUCCCACAGAAGCCAUAGAGGGUCAGAGUGUGAUCAUAGACUGCGUGGUGGACGGAAAACCCAAGCCGACGAUUCACUGGGACAAAAACCUGGUGAUGAACGACUUCGACAAGUCGAGAUUCAGCGUUUUAGAGAACGGCAGUUUGUUCAUUUCCGAGGUGAGGAAGGACGACGAGAAUAAAUACGGUUGCACGGCCGGUAGCAGCGCCGGUUUGAACAGGAAGGAGACGGUGCUGAUUGUGAUACCUUCGGAUGAUUCUACAGUCACCAAGGCCGUCUUGAUAACCAUGUCAGUGGCGGCCGCGUACAUCAUACUGGUGGUGGGCCUGAUGGUGUGGUGUCGGUACAGGAGAAAGUCCAGAAAGAUACCAGUGACUGAAGGAAAAUUGGAAAACGGCGACGUGGAACAUACCGAACUGAAGGAAGAUUUGGAUUCCGGCUCGUCCAAGAAGGGCGCGAAUGGCAUCGAGAACCACAAGGAGGGACAGAAAAGCGACGGGGCUGAAACGACACAUUCCCAAAGUUCCGCACAAUCGAGGAAGUCCAAAUCGAGCUACGAUAAAAUCGCCGUUCCCAAGAGCAAUCUCAAGGAGACAAAACUGAUAGGGCGAGGCGAAUUCGGAGACGUGAUGCUGGGUAAGAUAUCCAAGAGUCAGAUACCGAGCCAGGACAAGCGACAGUCCACAACCAACAGCAUCACGGAGGAUAAGGAUGUCCUGGUGCUGAUAAAAGCCCUCUCGCACACCAAGGAGGAGAACUGCCUGACGGAUUUCAAGAAAGAGAUAGAUAUGUUCCUGAAACUGUCGCACGAGAACGUCAUCCAGAUGAUUGGGCUAUGCAGGGACUCGGAGCCCCAUUACAUGCUGUUGGAAUACACAGAUUGGGGCGAUUUGAAACAAUUCCUACUGGCCACUCAGAAGGGCUCCUCGCCCCCUCUCUCCCCCAUCCAAGCUGCGGGGAUAAUUCACCAGAUAGCCAAGGCCAUGGACCACAUUUCCUCCCAUCGUAUGGUCCUCAAGGACCUGGCGGCCCGAAACUGCCUCAUCAUGUCCACCUUAGCAGUUAAGGUAGGAUUACCCAGGCUCACGAGGGAUCCGUACAGCCAGGAGUAUUGUAAACACGUGAACCAGAUCAUACCGUUGAGGUGGAUGCCGUACGAGGCGGUUUACGAGGACGAGUUCUCCACCAAGAGCGACGCAUACUCUUUCGGCGUCGUGGUCUGGGAGGUGUUCAGCCAGGGAGAGCUGCCGUUCCCCAAAUUGAACGAUAACAGCGUGCUCACGAAACUGAAGGAGAAGAAGUUGGAAUGGAAGGCGCAUCCUUCGACUCCCGAGGAUUUUGAAGCUGUCCAGAUGAACUGCUUGGAUUUGGAUCCGCAGAAGAGGCCGUCCUUCUCGGAGAUAGCUAGUAGCAUGGCGGAAAUUCUGACCAAAAUGUAAUGAGAAACAAAUCUCGAGAAAGUAAUUUUCUGAAAAUUUUUCACUGUUUUACGAAUUUAAAAGGUGGACGUUUUGAUUUCGACCUCUAUUGUUGUUAUUGUGAGCUAGAGCGGAAAAAAUGGUGAAUUCUUUGUUCUUGUUUAUAUUCACAUAAAUAUGGUUAUUAUUUAAUCGAUUUGUUGGAUGAAAAUAAUUAACGAUCUGAGUUGAUUUAUCACGAACGACUCACUGAUUCAACAUUAACAAUAUUUUAGAUAAUCAAUUAAUAUUAUGAAAAUUCAUCGUGUAAAAUGUCUAAUUGUAUAAUCGAACCUAAAGUGAGCCAAAACCGAAUUUUGUAAACUUGUGAAUCACUGUUAAUAAUCAUAAGCUUCCAAUGUGUAUUUAUGAGAAUCGUAGGCUUCGUUUACUUUUUUCUCGAGGGGGUAAGAUGCACAUCGGUAUAUACAGGAUGAGACGAAAAAAAGUUUAUCGAAAAUCCUUUUUCUUCCUCUACUGUAUGGUACACGGUGAUGAGGGGUGUUGGUGUGACUUCGAUUUUUGGACCCUACGCCCUCGAUGAGAAUUUUAUGCCUUAAGGACGACGCGCGUCGAUGCUUCGAAAAAUUUUUUUCUCGCCGAUCUCGAUCGGGGAACUUUUGUACAUAUCAUUUUUCGAUUAGGUAAGGAGCGUUCUUUGGAUCAUAUCAUUAGCGUAAAUUCAUCAUGACGAACACGUGACCGUUUUGUAUAUUUGGUGUCGGAUUCGCUACAACACACUGCCAAAAACAAAUAAUAAUAUUCAUAACGUCCGAAUGGCCCCAACACGAACUUAUAUUAAUAAAUGAUAGUAAGUUUUUAUUUUGUAAAUUUUUAUGCGUUUUCUAUACUCUGUAAUUAAUGAUUUUUUAUCGAACACAACCAAAGAGAGAUUAUUUCAGAUUUAGCGAUUUUGUAUAGUUUAGUCCUAUGAAGUUCUGCAUCAUUCUGAUAAAAAACAGACCUAUACCGUGUCAGAUAUAAACUGCCGUAUUUCAUACGUAAUUUUUAUGUAAAUUGAAGGGGUGACUAGAGGCGAAAAAUGAAGAAUAAAAUCUAAUAUUACUAAUCAAAACUUUCUAAAUAAUUGCUGAGAAUGGAAUGGGUUUUUGAAGUCAUAAGCUUGUAUUUAAAACAUUUUAAAUACAUAAUAUUUAAUUAAUUUCUCACUUAUCACCCUGUAUUUUCCUACAUGCUCUGUUAAGUGUCACUAAAUUUGUGCAUUUAGAUUUCAUUCUUCAAGUACAUUAACGAAAAAUUUUCCUUCAUAUAGCGCCUUUCUUCUUAUUUAUUGCUGUAUAAUAUUUUAUUACGCUUUAAUUUUAAUUGUUUUUUUAAUCAUCAACCUGUAAUUGUAGUUAUAGCUAUUUAUACA